CUGCUCGUUAUAAGAAACCAGUCUGCCGGUUGCGUCGGCGGACUCGAGCGAACGCGCACCACCGCUCCGCGGCCGACUCCUCUUCGUCAUCUUCAGCGUCGUCCAUCCCGGCUUUAAGCGGACGAGUAACGGCGCUUCGGGCACUCCGAGCCACAGGUGCCGCAAUCCGGUCAAGCGGGAGGCAAGGAGCAGCUUCCUCGGACACCGUCCCAAAGGAGCCGGAGGAGGUGCACGGAGAGGAGGGAAGCGACGCAAGAGAGUGUCGUCGGGCGGCCGGCUUUCCCAAGCCGAAGCGCCAUGGGCCACCAUGCCGCGGGGGUCACAGGCCUCGUGCUCCUGUGCUUGGUGCUAACCAACUGUCCUGCUGCCAAAGGGGAACCGAAGACGGGCGCGCUUCCCGAAGAUCGCGCCACGACUAGUCAGACGGCCACCGAUGGGAACGCGACGCAGUCGUCCCUCGUGCCCCCACGAGCGGGCAGGCGCGUCAUCGUGUACAUGGGAAACCGGCCGUGGUUUUCCAGCAUGUACGGAGCAGCCGACGCCAGCCGGACCGAGUACCACGUGCCUUCCUCCGAGGCCAAGCCGUCGACGGCGAUAGUCAGAAGGAGCGACGCUCCCUCACUUUCGUCCAAGGAAAGUGGUCAGACCGGCGUCGCCCCCGGCCCCGCCGCCAGCGACAAGGCGAACAAGCUCAGCCGCGCCACUCUCCUGGCCUCGGAGACCACGAGUAACGAGGCAAGCACAGAAGCCGAGAACGACAGGCCCGACCUCGUCGGCGAGCUGGACGUGAACAAGCAUCCGCCUCCGCCCCUGCCACCGUUCAACGGCCCCAAGAUCGAGUUCCGCACGACGACCGUGCACCACACGUCCCUGCCCAGAAACGACGACGUAAGCGGCGCCGGCGGCGAUUUCCAACAGGACCGCAGAGAAGGCGAUGCCGACGUCUCCGCGGCGGCGGUCGUCGGAGCUAACCGUCGCGCGGCCUUGCAGGAAUCGACCGCCGGCAGGUCUUCUUCUGCGCAGCUGAGUGCAGCCAGACAGGAGGAACUCGCGGACCGCAACCUAAAUUCGAGGUACUUCACGUUUGGUCCUGGCAGCGCUACGGCCGGCGGAGGCUCCAGAAGUAACAGUGCCUUCGGGACGACCGGAAGUGACGACGGCGAGUCGUCGCGCGACGACGAUCCCGCACCGUUUAAUGGAGGCGGUGACCGCUUCAACCAGCAACGCCCGACGUUCGGCGGAGGUCAGGACAACCGGAGACCAUCUUUGCCACCGCUUCCACCUCCGCCACCGCCACCGCCUGCGCCUCCGGCAGCUACUGCGUCUCCGCCGACCGCGCCGACUUUCGGAACCACCCGCUUCCACUUGUCGUUCCCAUCGGCGCCCGCGAUCUUCGGCAACAACAGCCUCGCCAACAGGGGCGACUUCCAGUUUGAGACGUCUCACGAUCAGGACUCCUCGUCCGCUCAGAGAGACGGCGACGGCAGAUCCGGUUUCACCAGCGCCGAACAGAGAACGACACCUCCGGUGAGAAGUCAAGCGUUGCGGCAGUUUCCGACGCUUCCUGCAUCACGUGCUCCUACUUCAGUGACUCCCCCUCCGCCACGGAGAACUUCUAGCGCAGAACGGACUUUCCAGACGUUCGCAAACCAAAGGCAAGCGCCUUCGGUGGCUGACGCUGGCGCCCCUAACGCGCCUUCUUCGGCAGGUCAAACGCUUCGCUUCAACUUCAGGGACUCCAACGGUCAAGCGAGGACAAACCCACCACCGCCACCUCCCAGGCCGGUUCAGACGCCAGUGACGAACUCCUUUGUCACGUACUUUACUAAUUCGGAUUCGAGGCAGCCGCAGAAGUCUGCACCACUAACGGACACUCGGGACAGGCAACAAAGUGAACCGCGGCUGAACUUCCGCAGCGGUAGCUUCCAGACGGCGCCACCGCGUCCCCCGCCCCAAAGGCCAACAUCGACAUCAUUUUUCCAGGGACCGCAGGCUCCACAGAUACCACGGUCAUCCUUGAGGAACAACUUGGAUGACAACAAUGGCAGGUCGCGCGAUUUCUCCGUACCUAACGCUAGAAGUCAGGUGACUUUCCGCCCGAACGUCUUUCCAGUAGACCCACCAUCGAACAAUUUCGCCUCAAACCAGAGGACGCAGAACGGAUUCACUUCCAGUCCAAGGUCGCAAGAAGACUUUUCUUCCAGUCCACGAACCCAGAAUUCAUUCGUGCCAGCGAACACCCUGCCGCGGGGUUCUUCGACUCCGAGGAGCCAGAACUCCUUUUCGCCAGCGAACACAUUGCCACGAGGAAACUUCCAAACUAGCCAGUCUCCCCGAAGCAAUUUUCAAACACCUAGGCCCUCGAACAACUUCCAGGCAAACCAAAGGUCUCAAAACGAUUUCUCCUCCAAUUCGAGGCAACCGGACAGUUUCGAUGGCAAUGCCAGGAGCCAGAACAACGCUCAGGGAAACUCAAGAGUUCAGGAUACCAGAUUCCAGAGCUUCGGUAACAGCCAGAGCAACUUCCAGUCAAACGACAGACGACCGUCAUCUUUUACAAGCAACCAGCCGAGUUCACAGACACCGGCACAGCGCUCCCAAGGCGGUUUCGCAGUUAACCAGAGGCCGUCCGACUCGUUCCAAGGAAACCAGAGAGACAGGAACGCGUUCCCAAGCAGCCCGCCAAGACCCCAGAACAACUUCGCGGGAGUAGACCAGUCGCCACGCGACAGAGUUCAGACAAGCCAGCGCCUGCAGGAGGCUCCCCGUGGAAGACAGCAGAACAGCUUCCAGAAUGCUCCUUCACCGCGACCGCAGGCACCAGUGUCCUCCCCUCCAGCCGUAAGGAACCCAACGCCGCAGAACAAUAACAACGCGAAUCCUCAGGACAACUUGGAACCGUUUCGCAAUGACUUUCAGAUCGCGCUGAGACAACGAGCGUUUUCAGCAACGACGGCAUCGCCCGUGGACGGCAAUGACGGUGUACGAAGGCCGACGACCACGCAGAACUUCCAGUCGUCGUCGCAGUCGAGCAAUGCUGCGACAAGGAGAAAGACCAACAGGGUCGUCUUCAUUCCCGGAAACUUUGGUGUGACUCCCACGCGAAGGCCCGACCCGUACCGGUCUAAACUUCCGGGACUCGCCGGUUCCGACUAUCCGACGUACAGCGAGAUUCCCUUCACGAACUUCAAGUGCUCCGAGCAGAGUACUUCAGGGAUGUUCGCCGACGUCGAGGCUGGUUGCCAGGUCUUCCACUCGUGCGACAACAACGACCGACAGAAGAGCUUCCUCUGCCCCAACGGCACCAUCUUCAAGCAGGAGCUCUUCACCUGCGACUGGUGGUACAACGUGGAUUGCGAUUCGUCUUCCAAGUUCUUCCAUCUCAACGCGGAAAUGUACACGACCACUCCGAGGCCCCAGCCACGGAACAGUCAGGACGACGUCGGCAGCCGAUCCGAUUCUGGUCGGAGCCGGUCCUUCUAGCUUUAACCAUUGCCAUUGUCAUCUUGUAUUCACCUUCAUUUGCAAAACAGAGAGAGAGAAGAAGAAAAAAAAAGGGGGGGGGAUACUUGUUGAGCAGGCUGAUGCCUUCCCGAAGCCACGAAACAUAGCCAAGGCGCGCGCAACUAAGCACACAUAGUAUACGUGUAUGUGUAAAAGAUCUACAUACUUCAUCGCUCCAUGGACAGGUAAUUGUCUCGCACUUGCCAGAGCGGACUUGGAAGAGUCUUCACGUGGCCCAAUCAUAAACGUUUUGCGAUAUUCGAUUGAGUUCUUCCUGCACAUUGUCUAAGCAGGCUAUGCCAAGACACUUACUCGUCUUACGUAUAUAUGUGCCGCUAAAUAAGUCGAGGCUAGGGGAGGAAAUUAGAGACGCGAAUAGAGAGAUCUCGUUGGAAUGAAGGGGGCUUGUGCCAGCGCAGUACCAAUAGUUUCUACGGAACACUCGUGGUAACCAAGUCCGAUUGCCAGUGCUUGCUUACAGGCUAUAGACAAAAGAGAAAACGAUAUUUCUGACCAUGUACAAAUAUGUACAAAUAACUAAGCGGAAACCUUAAGUCACGACGGGGUCGUACCCAUCGUUCGUAAAUGCAAAUCGUGCCACAACGGUGUGCUCCGUUUACUGACCGUGGCGGUUGUACAUCAAUCAAAAACGAACGUUUACAGUCUUGGACAAAAGUCUACGCACCACAGAAGCUGCGAAGAUCACAAAGCAUCAAUUUCUUUUUGACCAAGGAGUGCUGUGUCAAAAUGAGAAUGCCUGCGCCUUUUUGCGUGCUACAGCGGACCCUGGCGCGCACCAAUGUGUUUCACUCUGCGUGUCCAAGCUUAGCAGAAAGUGUUUCAUUUUUUGAAGCUUCUAUGUUUGUACACUUUUGACCUAGCGAGUUACGACGGUGCCUUUCUCGGGGCAGCACAGGGUUCACAUAGAUUGAACAGCUUAUGCACUUUAACAAGCACUAGCUCAGGUCGACCUCUCUGUCUUUCCUGUCAAUAAAUUCUAUUCUAUUACAUAUGAAGGAAGUGCAGAAACAUGCCACGUUUUUUUUUUUUUUCACUUCGAUAUUAUUGCAGCGGAUCGACGACUGUACACGCUGGUCCGAAAUGUCAAGCGAACGUCAGAACGCACACUUGCAGACCUAAAUAGAUAAAUAGGGAAACUCACGUCGGGAUGUCGAGCACCUGAUACGAAAAUCUGUAAAUCGAGCAACUCCCUGGAACUUCAAUAAAUAUUUGUCGUUUUGUUUGA